AUGGACCUCAUACCAGGUCUCCCCAAUGAUGUCGGUUUAGAGUGUCUGAUUCGCGUCCCUUACAACCACUUCUCCUCCGCCGCCUCCGUUUGCCGGAGCUGGAAGUCGGAGAUUGACCUUCCUCUGUUUCGGAACCACCGCAAGUCCGCCGGGAUGAGCCGUCGCAUCGUCGUGAUGGUGCAGUCGCGGCUUGAUUCGAACAUGAACCACGGGUUACGGAAGUAUAUAACUACACCGGUUUACCGUCUCUCCGUUUACGAGCCGGAAACGGGUGACUGGGACCCGGGGAACUGGGAGGCUUCGAAUUUUGUUUUUGUGUAUAACUUCGUCUCCACCACGUGGCGACGUGGGCCCGAUAUGCCAGGGAGUACAAGGUCGUUUUUUGGAUGUGCGUCGGAUAAUGACCGGAGAGUGUUCGUCGGCGGCGGACAUGAUAACGAAAAGAAUGCACUCCGGUCAGGGAUGAUGUAUGACGUGGCGGACGAUAUAUGGGUCAUACUACCUGACAUGGCAGACGAGCGUGACGAAUGCAAAGGAGCUUUCCACCGUGGCAAAUUCUACGUCAUUGGUGGGUACAACACAUCAAUGCAAGGGAACUUUGGGACAAGCGCAGAAGCUUUCGAUGUUUCCACGUGGCGAUGGGAAAAAAAAGAAGAUGAGUUCUUGGGAACUGACACGUGUCCGAGAACAUGCGUGGACGGUGGUGAUGAUGUGAUGUACAUGUAUCAAGAUGGUGUGAUCGUAGCACUGGAUCAUUCCUUUAAAACGAGGAUCCCAAAGGAUCUGGAUAGAGUACAUUGUGUAAUCGGAUGUGAAGGAAGGUUAUUAGCCGUUGGAUCUGUUGGAUUUGGUAAAAGUCAUGGGGUGUACGUGUUAGAUCUGAAGAGCCACACGUGGAAAAAGGUGGAGACGCCGGAGGAAUAUUCCGGCCACGUUCAGUCCGGUUGUUGUUUGGAAAUAUAA